UAAUAACAAAAAUAUGAAAGUAGGGAAUGCAGUUAGCCAAGUAAUAGAAAUUUGUCUACGAAUGUUUGGUAUCUGGCCGAAUACAUCGUGCGUUUUAUUACGUAGAGUGUUCUGGGCCGUUACGGUCUUAAUCGAGCAAGCCUUUCAGUAUCGAUAUAUCGUAAUGCAUUUCAAUUUGAUCGAGCUUUCUGAGAUGAUGGACACUUUGAGUACAACAAUGGCGUACACGAUAUUAUUAUGUAAACUCGUUAUUUUUUGGUAUAAACAGCGAACGUUCAACAAGAUAUUAACGAUGAUGGCGAUCGACUGGGAAAAAUGUUCCAAGACGAAAUUCGCGACGACCAGCAAUGUCAAACAGUCGCACCGCUUCGCUAACAUAACGGUGAUUCUUUAUUCGACGUCUAUAAUUUUUUUUAGCAGCAACGUUUUUAUACAGAACGCGGAUGAUGGCAUAACCUUCAACGAUUCCACACGAUUACUCAUUCUAGAGAUGGAUUUGCCAUUUGACGCUAAUCGGAGAUUCGUAUAUGAAUCAGUCAUAAUUAUUCAAUUUGUUUAUUUGCUGAUAUGUGCUAACGCAAUGGGUUUAUUAAAUGCUCUACUCAUAAAUUUGAUAUUGCAUAUAAGCGGUCAAAUAGAUAUUCUUCGUAAAAGUGUAAUGGGAAUUUUUCCAAAAGAAGGAAAUCACAGCCCGAGUCGUUUUAUGAUAAAGGAAAUAAUUCAAAAACACCAGAAAAUUAUCACUUUUUCAGAGCAUAUGGAAGAUUUGUAUUCGUAUAUCGCGAUUGUGCUGUUUGUAACGAAUACGUUGAUUAUCUGCUGCUUGGGUUUUACAAUUGUCGCAUCGAUUGGUCGACCCAAUGCUUUACAAAGUAUACUAAAGACUCUCUCAUUUUAUUUUGUUACGAAUAUGGAGGCGUUCAUAUACUGUUUUGCUGGAGAAUACUUGAGCGCAAAGAGCAAAAGCAUUGGAGAUGCUGCGUACGAUUCUCUAUGGUACGAAUCAAAUUCUAAAGACAGUCGUAUUAUAUUGUUCUUAAUAAUGAGGUCGCAAAAUCAAUUAACUAUUACAAUUGGAAAGAUAAUGAAUUUGUCUCUAGAACAAUUUAGCAGUAUUCAAAAAGCUUCGGCCUCCUACAUGUCAGUUCUAUUUGCAAUGUAUUGAAGUGAAACUACUUUCUGUUUACAUCGAAUUUUUA